AAGCAACGAAAAUUGUAAUAAAAGAGAAAACAUGAAGUGAGUAUGAAGUGAGGAGUGCACAACACAUUGCUGGGAAAUAGAAGUAAUAGAUGAUUGAAAAGUCAUCGUAAAGAAUCUGCAACAAACUAAACUGCUUCAAUGGCUGCGCAUCUUCAUCAAUCAAAUGCUCCACCUACAGACCAACCCAAAACACCAAUUUCCAACAUCGUCAUCGUUAUCGCUAUGGAGACGGAAGCUCAACCCGUUGUCAAUAAAUUUCACCUCAUCCAAGACCCUCACUCUCCGUUUCCACAAGGCGUUCCUUGGGUACGUUACCAUGGGACAUACAAAGGUCUCAAUUUGAACUUGAUUUCGCCUGGAAAAGAUCCAACUUUUGGGGUUGAUAGUGUUGGCACAAUAUCAUCUGCUCUUGUAACAUAUGCCGCUAUUCAAGCAUUGCAGCCUGACUUGAUCAUAAAUGCAGGCACUGCUGGUGGCUUCAAGGCCAGAGGAGCUAGUGUUGGUGACAUUUUCAUUGUAUCAGAUUGUGCCUUUCAUGAUAGAAGAAUACCCAUUCCUGUUUUUGAUCUGUAUGGAGUUGGUUUACGUAAAGCCUUUGAAACACCCAACCUUUUAAAAGAACUUAAUCUAAAGGUGGCUAAAUUGUCUACUGGUGACUCUUUAGAUAUGACACAGCAGGAUGAAUCAUCAAUCACUGCAAAUGAUGCAACCGUUAAAGAUAUGGAAGGAGCAGCUGUUGCUUAUGUUGCUGACCUUCUGAAAGUUCCUGCAAUAUUUGUAAAAGCUGUGACUGAUAUCAUUGACGGUGACAAACCAACUGCUGAAGAAUUUCUGCAGAAUUUGGCAGCUGUAACUGCUGCACUUGAUUUGGCUGUCGAAAAGGUCAUUAAUUUUAUUAAUGGGAAGUGCAUAUCUGAACUUUGACAACUUAAUUUCAUCUUUCCAAUUUUUGUUAUAUGCAAUGCCUUACCACAGUUGAUUGGAAAUUUGUGAGAUUUAAGCAAAAAUAGAAACUUGUAAACUGAGAAGGCUAUAGCUCCGAUCCCAACUCUCUCUUCCGGCCUUGCAGGUCCGUUGUAUAAGUUAUUUGGCCAAUAUUGUGUCAUUCAUUGUAAACAUGUAUAAUGACAUCCUCGUAAUUUAUAUCUCCAAUUAUGUCUACUCUUUUAAAUAUAAUUAACAGCAACAUAUGACACUGUGAUGGUACUAAGCUGUGCGUAUAUGGUUUCAUAUUGGAAUGUAUCAGAGUCAGAAAUGAUUGUUGUUCAUCGGCGAGUGAAAUUAUCAAUAGAAUAUAGAUUAUUGAUUGGUAA